GAUGGUGAUUGUACCGCCUUAUUUUGUAACCCUACGGUAUCUGCAGAGGAGAAUCUGUUGAGUAACGUGAUUCCAGAAUUCGGAUUUCUUGGUCGUUUUCGUGGAUUGGCACGCGUUUCCCAAACACAAAAAGCAGAUUGCCGUAACAGUGGAUUCCCGACCGGGAAUCGAACCCGGGCCUUCAACGUGACAGGAGGAGAUACUGACCACUAUACUGCCGAGGAUACCACACCGGUUGGUUUGUGCAACUCGACAUCUCAGACGGAAUCAGGAACCUGCCUUGGCGUCCUACUGGUUCGUGUGAAUGGUCCGCAAGGCAGCGUUCUCACGUACGCAUUGUUGGAUAUUGGGUCGGAUGUGACAUUGGUUACGAAGGACUUGCUUGAUGAGGUUGGUCUGACCGGCACUCCAACAAUUUUGAAUUUAUCGAGACUCCGACUUUGUUUUGCCUACCCGGAGGUUCUGGUAUUACGCGUCACUCGAAGAUACCGUUCGACCGUUGCAGUACUCGACAGUACUCGACUGACGGAAGACGAUGUGGGAAUCCUUAUUGGUUGCGACGUAUCCGAAGCGCACUGGGUCUUCGACCAGCGUCUGGGGGGUAAAAAACAGCCGUUUGCUGUGAAAACUUUACUAGGUUGGAUGCUCCUUGGUCCGAUGAAAAACGGAACGAAGCAGAAGGUCGUCAGUCAUUGUAUAACCGGGUGUAGUCAGGGCAUCCAGGAGCAUUUGCAGCGACUGUACAACUCGGAAUUCGCAGACACUUCAGCAUCGAACACUAGUCUCUCUUUAGAGGAUCAAAGAGCACUGUUGAUAGCGGAGACUAGUGCAGUGCGAGUAAGUGGGCAUUAUCAGCUACCGCUCCCAUGGAAAGAUAACGCACUUACCCUACCCGAUAACUUCCAGGUGGCUAGAAAACGUCUAGGUAAUCUGAAAACUAGACUGUGCAAGGAUCGUGUUUUACACGGAAAGUACGAUAAGGUGCUUCGCGCAUACAUGGAGAAAAGAUACAUUGAACGGGUGGCGGAUGCCUCCACAUUGUCAUUAAAUUCAAAGCAGUGGUAUCUCCCACAUCAUCAGGUUAUUAACCCAAAAAAGCCAGAUAAGAUUCGGAUCGUAUCUGACUGCGCUGCCAAAUGUCAUGGUGUGUCCCUAAACGACCACCUGUAUCAGGGCCCCGAUUUAACCACAAAACUUGUAAAUGUUAUGGUGGGCUUUCGUUUAGAGCAAGUUGCUGUGGCAGCCGACAUUAAAGGGAUGUUGCUACAGGUCAAGGUUGACCCCUGUGAUAGAGACGCUCUGAAGAGCCUUGUAGCACAGGCUAACCGACGGGAGGGAAAUGAUGUCAUGUGCCCAUUAAUGUCUUGGUCCUCCUGUUGGAUGAAGCUACCGAAGGUCGUGGCUUGGUUACUGCAUUACAGGCAACGUCUAUUGAUUAAGAAGGGCAGAGCGAGAAAGGAGGCUUUACCUUCCGGUGUUAUCAGAGUAUCCGAACUCCGCCAAGCACGUAAUUGUUUGAUAAAGAUGGUGCAAUCUGCUCACUUUGCACGAGAGCUGCAUCAGAUUAACGCUCCUGUACUGGAUGCAAAGCGUUCCCGCAAUCGGACUCAAAACGGCAGCUUACAAAAAUUGUCACCUGUUUCGGAGAUGGCUGGCAACCUGUCGACAGAUUCAUUCCUACAAUGUUUGAUGCGCUUCGUUGGUAGACGUGGUAAGCCCACCGAUAUAUACAGUGAUAAUGGUACGAAAUUUGUUGGCGCACUGAGGGAAUUUCGGGAUGAUAUAAAGCUCUGGAGCCUGAGCAAAAUAUCAGACCGACUUUUGACUAUGGAUAUACAGUGGCACUUCAAUCUACCAGCAACUAGCCAUCGUGACGGUGUGUGGGAGCGUAUAAUCAGGUCGGUACGACGUAUACUUUUAUGUAUAUGUAGGGAACAGUGUUUGACCGAUGAACAACUGAACACGCUUCUCAUACAGGCCGAACGGAUUCUCAAUAACAGACCUGUAGUCCCGCUAUCAUCAGACAGCAACGAUUUGGAGCCGCUUACUCCAAACAGUUUGUUGCUGAUGCAGUGCUGUCCUGCGGUACCCGGUCGCGACGGCUUGGCUUCGCGAUACCAUGCCGGUUGGAAACAGGUCAAUUAUCUUGCUGGCGUAUUCUGGCGUCGUUGGAUAAGGGAAUAUCUGCCAACGUUGCAGAUGCGUACCAAGUGGCUCAGAGCAACUCAAGAAUUGAAACGAGGGGACUUAGUUCUGGUUUCUGGUGAGGACCUGCCUCGUGAGAAAUGGCCUCUAGGGGUAGUAGAUAGUUGUGAGGCGAGCCCUGAUGGCUUAGUUAGAACCCUGCAUGUUAGAACGGCGGGCGGCGUUCUUAAGAGAGAAAGACCUAUAAGCCUCACUAGCGUGCCGUGCAAGGUGAUGGAACGCAUUCUGAAGCGAGCCAUCCUAGAUCACCUUACUUCCAGCAAUCUGAUAUCUCCAGCUCAACACGGAUUUCUCCCAAACCGUUCUUGCGUGACAAACAUGCUCGUGUUUAUGGACAGCUUAACCCAAGCCAAGGACGAAGGACUCAUAUCGGAUGCCAUAUUUUUCGACUUCUCAAAAGCAUUUGAUAGGGUCCCACACGUCCCGCUGCUCCACAAACUCGAGUCUUACGGGAUUCAAGGGAAAAUCCUUCGCUGGAUCAAGGCGUUCCUAUCAGACAGGUCAUUCCGAGUGAGAAUAGGCUCAACCUAUUCCUCUCCAGCGCCGGUCUCCAUUGGAGUUCCUCAAGGCUCCGUCUUGGGACCACUCCUGUUUCUGAUCUACUUCAACGACCUCCCAGACGUUCUUGGGAGUCCAUGUUUACUUUUUGCGGACGACUUGAAAUCCUGUUGUUCCAAUGCCAGCGCCCUCCAAAUGGAUGUAGACGCUGCCAAGCAGUGGUCGUUGGACUGGCACCUUCCUCUGAAUGAUGAAAAGUGCGUCCAUGUGUCGUUUGGAGGGGAUUCAGCGAAUGCCUUUGUUAUGCAUGGUGAAAAGGGACCAGAAAACAUCAUGAGGAUAGAUGCCAAAAAAGAUUUAGGCAUCUGGGUCUCCUCAAACUUGUCCUUCGCAUUAAACCAUGAGAAAUCGGCCCAAAAGGCAUUCGCCAUUUUACGGAUGAUCCGACGUACCUUCUCCCGUAUUACUCGCAUAGACUUCCAAAUACUCUAUGGGGCCUACGUCAGACCGCUCCUGGAGUACGCCUAUCAAGUUGUCUACUCAGGACGUACGAAGGACGUUACCCUCAUUGAGCGUGUCCAGCGGGCCGCCACGAGAAUGGUUGCCGGCCUCAAGUCCGUGGACUACGAAACGCGUCUCGCGAUGCUUGAUCUCUUUCCCCUGGAGUACCGUUGCCUCCGAGGGUACCUAAUUCUUACCUACGCCCUGUUUGAUCAAAGCUUGGCAAACAGGUUUUUUACCGUUGACCCAGCAAACACCCGGCGGGGACAUAGGAGACCAUCCAGUACUCCUCCAGGCCAAUGGCUGUUGAAUCAUGCUCCAUCAAACGUCCACUUUACUCCAUCCGCAUCAGGUGACCGGGUCCAUAAACUACCCUUGUAUCAAGAAGCGGAUUACAAUGUUUUAUUGGAUUCUGACAUAAUCGAGGGCGCACAACCAGUUGGAUCUAUUUCGAACGGUUUUCUUGCAACCGAUUUAGCCAGCCCAUCAACCCACAUUGAUGUAUGGAUCACUUCGAGUGCUACAGAACGCACAGUUUCAUGUGAAAAUCUUACUACAUGUGUCACGGCUCCGACAGUUCCUUCAGAUAGUUCUUUCCUGUUCCCAACUUCGUCUCCGUCACCGUCCAUCCCGUGCGCUGCUACUGAUAAGUUCGGUAUUCGCACAACGCCUAUUCGGACCAAACUCAAGCGCCCACAUUCUGCAAUUUCCGGAGAUACCAAUCCAAUUCAGCUCGAGGAAACAACGGCGCGACCAUUUUCCGCACCUAAGCGUUUAGUGGAGGAAGCAUGUGACCCCAUAUCUGAGCUCUUUGUGGACGGAUCCACGCUUUCAUUCACUACCCUCGACUCAGCCACGUUAGUCGCUGAGGAAUCAGAUGUAAACGGCGCAUAUCCACCUAAGUCCACAUUGGAAGCAUUGGUCGCUUCCAAUUCACCCUUACUAUUUUUUCCAACGGGAUAUUCUUUGGACACAGAUCAAGACGCAGUCCCUUUAUGUGACUUUCUCUCAGCCUCAUCGGCGAAAUCUCGUCCUUCACCCGUGGAUAGCUAUGAAGCGGGGGAGAACAAUUACACAGUGGAUCCGGAGUUGAAUAAUCCAGACUAUAUGGUGACAGACGGAUCAGAUAUUUUGAACGGGAAUUCGGCAAAUUCAGUCUCUUCUUCCAGGUCUCUGGCUUCGGUGGACCUGUGUGAAACGGUUCCUAAGAGCUCUGAUUCCCAAGGUAGUCCCAAUACCACGUUAAGCGAGUUUGGUGUGUCCUCAAAGACGUAUUUGGACGCACCAGGCUCGAUUACGACCCAUCUGUCUGCUUUUGUGGAAGCCAUGCGUAGCUAUGCUGCCGAAUUAUGCCCGGUUGACUGCGUCAUUCUUAUGGAGCGAUGUCGCCCGUUUAACUGUGAUACUCUCUUCAUGAAAUAUUUCAGAGAACAGUACCUUUGUCCUAUAUUGAGCAACUUGAACGGCGGUCCCCCAUUGAAUGCAGACUUUGGGAGAGAUGCCUAUACUUCAUUGUAUUCCCUUCACGGCUUCUACUGGCGCAAACCCAGGCAGAUUAACACUUGGGUCCCGGAUACCCCCAUCAUAUACCGGAUUCUGAAGCAAAUAGCAACUGUGAAACACGAAGAGCGGCAUGCCACGAAUGAACAUGCAGAUAUGUUUACUGGGACACCUGGUCAUGAUCUUUUGGAGGCUGCAGUGGAAGCAUUUGAUGCAAUCGAUCGAGCACGGCGUGGAUUAUGUAAACAGGUUCAGCGGCACUUAAUCCUUCUGACUGUGUCGCCUAUCAACUUAGAUGAAGUGCACAAAGAGCUCGUAUCUUCUUCGGAUGACUGUACUAAAUCUGGGCCUCUCACUAAUCUACGUCGUCGUGGGGUUGCUUUGAGUGCAUUUGCACCCGUUCCCUCAGCAAGUGUAUUGCAACUGUAUGAGAUUAUUAACGGAACACCUCCAUCUCCUUUCUAUGAUCGUCACUGGCAGACGGUAGCGUUAUCUCCUAAACUCAUCGAUUCCGACUCUCCGGAGCGGCGAAUUAUAGGACCGUUGGCUGCUGAUGCUCACGCACAGGCUGAGGCUGAACUGUUACUGACGGAACAGCGACACCAGAAGAAGUUAAUGCAGGACCAACCGCAGAUCGAUCCGGUUCUCACCAACGGUCAUCCCCACUCCCUCGUUGGACCGCUCCAGGGUUCGUCUCCAUCAUCUCCAGCACGUUAUGUGUCGAAAAUGCAGCGUCAUUCCUCCCAGGCGAAUUAUAUGGAGGGAUAUAUGAAUGGGCAGACAGCUACGAUAAACUCAGGCAUAGCAACGACUGUUGGCUGUAGCGUUUCAGACAAUGCAUACCGUGGAACCCCGAAUAAGUUGGGACCUGCUGUUCCUAGCGGGAACAACUCGUCAUCCCCUAUGGUUCAACCGUACCCAGGGCCCGCUAACGAAUCCCCGAUAUCUCACGGCCACCGAGGUUUACGAACUUCUAGUCACAGUCAUGGUUCCACUCCUCCAGGUGCCACAUCGCGUGCAUCUGUUCCACGCUCAAUCGCUGACGUUAUUCGUCCGUCUGAGCCACCUCAAGUACCUGUCUCCUGUAGUUCUUUGUCUGCCGGUCACUCAGGGCCAAACUCGGUCGAUCAGUUGGGUCCUGGGAGUGCCUAUGGUUCGGACUCCGUAGCGACUCCACAAGGAUUUUCUGCAGGAAUUAUGUCUCCGCAACAGGGCUAUAAUUCUGGAGCAGCUAUGUCAACCCAACUCUAUUCUCCAGCCUCUAGUACUUUGGCGAAUUUGAAUCAAUCUCAAUCGGCCGCUGGGACUAAUGUGCCUUACCAGCCAUACCAGCAACUCCCACCAGAAGGGUCGAAUACCCAGAUAAACCUUAGACAGUCCACCGCUAUGGCACAGUCACCAGGAUCAGUUCAAGGCACGUUCAGGCCCCCGUCAAACGCUGCCUCGCCUGUGGGGCAGUUAGUCAGUUAUGCCAACACGGUUGGCUUAUCUUCGCCUUCGGCUUCCCGUGGCCCCACACGACAGUAUUCCCCUCAGCUCCCUCCUCAGUCGCAGCAGCCAGCACCUCAUCAACGGCACACAUCUCCACAUUCCGGAGGACCACCGCACCAGUCUGCUCGAUCCUACCAGUUGGCAUCGCCUGACAAUGGGUUGCCCGGGGCCCGCUCUCGCUCACUCACUCCUAUCCAUUUCCCUCCUGGUGGUCCACCUGCCCAAUCGAUGCCCAAUGCAUACCAAAUGAAAGAAAACAUUCCCAUCUCUCCCGGCCCUGGUUCCACUGGAAUGUGGCUGACUGGACAUCCACCGUCACAUGCGAUGGGUGACAAUACAGCACGUCCGUACGACUCGCAAGCAUAUCGACCUGGCUUGCCCUCUUCCUGUCCCGGAUAUCAGACCAGUGUCAAUUCAGGCAGACCUUCUACCGGCACUUCGGCUGGCGUUCCGGGUGGUCCUGGUACACAUCGGGACCCGAAUUCUUUGACUGCCUCCGGCCGCCUCGAUUCGGGCUCACAUCAACUCUCCCAAUCCAUGCAACGACCACAGUCGUCCGCAUUGGACACACAAGCACCGGUGAGUCAUUCGGUGCUCUGGGAAGGCGAAGUGCAUGUGAACGAUCCUAAUUUUUCCGGUCCCUCUCGUCUGAAGAUGAGUCUCAUACUGGAGCAAGCUGGAUUGCGCGACUUCAGCUUUUCGGAAUUCAUCCAUUUUUUCACCAAAAACUUGUUCUUCAUUGUCAUUCUCAGUCAAUUGAAUAUGCAACUGUGGGGACCGGUCGCCCAAUUGUCCAUCAUUCUGGCUCAUUGUGACAGUGCGCUGGUUCAUCGGCUAACAAACAACUCCCCUGGUGGUAAUCUGCUUGCUCAGGUGUUAGUAGAGUUGCCGCAAUCAGAGGAGGCCUGUAAUUUGGUGUCCGCACUGUCAUCUUCUAUCAGUUCGAUGGCCGUACCGUUGGGGAUUCUCUCGCCUCCACCAAACAUGCUGCCAAAUCCUAUCCCACCUGGUACCAUUGGGUUUGUGUGUCUGAGCUACAGCCUGAAGCGUAACCACAUUUACGGUCUUAUCCCAGCGGAUUCCGAGCAGUUUCGGCAAGAUUUGCCUUCUAGGCAAAGUAAUUUUACGAAGUCUGGUGCCUCUGGUGUUGUUGUAGGACCUCCUGAGGGCUCCGGUCCCGCACAACGUUCCUAUGCACCAGCAGUGUCCCGCGUGGAUGACCAGUUUUUAUCACGUUCCGGAAUCCCCACGCAAUCUUCGUUUGUCGCACCCAACACGGGGUCAAUGUAUGUGUCAGUGCAACGCCCUAUGGGUCCUGUGAGCGCUGGAGAUCGUUCCACUCAAAACGCUCUCCCUGGUCAGGUCUAUCCAAACCAACCCCACUUGAACUACCAAUCUGCCGUCUCGACUGCACAAAUACCCUCGUCGGCCUCUUAUAUGUCAGCCAGUGGAUUCAGUGCCAAAACCCAGUUAUCGUACAUGCCCAUGCAACAACAACAACAGCAGCAGACGACCUUACAGCGCAACACUCCAUCUCCUUCGCAUCGACAGCGGGAAAUGAUGCAUUCACAAUCUGGACCUGAUCCACAGCCCCCGCAGUGGAUAGCAUCUCAAGGGGAAAUGUCCCAUCAUAGCCAGGGGCGAGAAGGGAAGCCCGCGGUUCAACAGCAACAGCAACUCUACCCCCAGCGCCCUCAAAUCCACGCCAAGCCUAGUCAGUCGUAUGCCUUCCAGCCACAACCACUAGUUCCGAGCGAUCGGUUUGUGCAAGGUUCAGGUAGUGCUGUGCCAAUUUCGAACGUCAUGUCACAACCUGGAAUGGCGAAUGAGCCCGUCGGGAUGAUGGAUCAUCGUAAUUCUCCCCAAUUUGGCGCAUCCACCCAUCAAUCACAGCAACGUUUCCUAACCAAUGCAGCCUUCCAAGGUGCCGGUAUGGUGCAAUCGAACUAUCCUUUAUCUGGUCCAGCUGGAAGCAGCUCAGUGCCUCCGAGCUAUGGUGGACAACCUUGUAGCCAGCGCGCUCUCUUUCCUGGACAAGUUCCCUCCUCUUACCAACCUGUCAGUUCGAGCAAUAGUUCGGCAAUAGGUUAUCCUGGACCUGGGUGUUAUGCCUCGCGAGGUAAUGUGAGCAUGCCACAGUCAGCAACGGCCGUUUCCGGGUAUAGGUUCGCACCUGAACACAUGGUCAACGGUGGAAGUAAUAAUAACAUUAGCAAUGUUGGUUUCAUGCAGAUGCAACCACAUGCAGGCAACCACAAUCUAGAUCCUAAACCACAUCAUCACCCAUCAUCCAUGGAUGGCCAAACUUAUCAAACCAUGUCCUCGCGCUCCAUGAGUUGUAGUGUAAUCUCUGUGGACAGUACGAUGGGCGCGAAUUCCGCCCAAACUUUGCAGCAGGCUGGUGGUCAUUUUUCCACUAUGCCCACUCAGGAACCCACAAUACAGCAGGCACCCUCCUCCAUGUAUGGUUCCGUGCAUCCGCAGCAACAUUCCACCUACGAUGCAUUUGGGCCAUCUGGUUUCUUUUAACCACCCCGCCCUGCCAUCACUCCUGCCAACGAACUUGCAAGUUCACAAAGGCUUGUGUGUUAGAAACUGUGAUCAAUUAUUAAUAGUAACACUGUUAUAUCAUUUUUCCACACAUACACAUACACACACAUUGUUCCCGUAUUAUUGUCGUUCCUACUGUUUUUGGCCACCGUUUUUUGUGUUUGUCUCCCGGAGGUGGAUAGGGAAUCCCUUGUCUGUGUUGCUCCCCUGCCCUACGGGUAAUUGGUCACUUCAUUUUUCACAUCUCGAAGACUUUGAAAUCAGUUUUCUCCGCUAUGCGGAGUUCUGUUUAAAUUCCCCGUAUCCUUAACAUUUUUGGGUCGACUGUUUGUUGCAUACAGUGGUAUGGUGUAUCAUUGUACAUAUUAGCAUCACCCUCUCUGUUCCUGUUGAUUCAUUCACCGUCUUUGAAGGUGUAUGUUCUGUUUGUGCACAUAUUGUCUUUCUUUGAUCUUCAUCCGAAAAGGCCCGAUUUGCAAUGGUCAAACACAUUUUUAUGGCUUACUUGGUGUUUCAUUCCCCCGUCCACAUCAUCACUGUUCUUGUUCGCCUUCUCCUAUGUACAUUUGCAUACUAAACAUAAGAAUAGGAUCAGAUCUUACAC